GGAGCCAUCGUCGGAGUGAUUGGGGAUGAAAUUGGGUUGCUCUCUUCAAUCGGAUCUUGCCCAUCUCCGUUGAACGGGUCGAUUCGAGCCGGGUUUCGGUCUUUUCUGCUUCUGGAGCGAAGGAGAGAUGACGACCCUGCAGAAAUUCAAGCUGCUGGCGACGCAGUGCGCCGUCGUGGGAGCCUCCCGCAGCCCCACCACCAGCCCCGUCGUCCACCUCCGCCGCCGCAAGACCCUCCGCAUGCUCCUCAACCGGGCGGAUCGCCGCCGGCUCCCCCGCCGCGAGGGCUCCCCGGAGCGGGACCUCCCCCGCCAGAGCCCCCCGCAGAACCCCGGCAGGUUCCGGGCCCGGCACAAGCUGCGGGACCUGUUCGUGUCGUCCCCGCCGCCGCCCCCGCCGCUCGACGGCGCCGCCCGGUCGGAGAGGAGGCUCGACGCGCGCGAGCGGCUGCUGGCCGAUGCGGCGGGGACCGAGACGAUGGGCGGCGGCGCCGGCGGGGGGUUCGCGGCCCGGCGCGGCGGGGGCGGCUCGAUCAGGCCGCUGUCGGCUGCCUUCCGGUACAGAUUGCUCAGGAGACCAUGGCGGCCGGUACUGGUAGCGAUUCCGGAGUAGCAAUGUGAUGUGAAAUUCAAAAAAUUUUCUCUUCGAUAAAUAAUAUUAAAUUUUAUUUCUUGAAGCAUGUUUUCGUUCAUA